AUGCUUGCUCAGGCAUUCCCUGAAGCUCAGAUUACCGCCUUGGAAAUAAACGAAGGGGCUUUGCUUGAUGCACAGUACAACAUUAAGCAAAGCCCCUUUGCUCAUAGGAUAGAGCUACUGAAGCAAGACUUCCUGAGCUAUAAGCCCAGCGAAGCUUUUGACCUGAUCGUGAGCAAUCCGCCCUAUUUCUCCGCCACAGGAGCUAUAGCACCUGACGGCGGACGUGCUUUAGCUAGGCAGGAGCAGAGCGAGGGGCUGAACUUAGUUCGGCUGAUGAACCUUUCUCAAGCUAUGCUAUCAAGGCAGGACGGCUCAAGUCUCUGUCUGAUAACGCCGCUUGAUCGUGAAAUGGAUCUGAGGCUUUAUGCUUGUGAAGCUGGCUUACGUAGCCAAAGUCUCUGCAGGGUCUCUUCCUUACCGAACAAAGGUGUUCGUUUACUUAGUUCGUGGACGCAUCUAGAGCUGUCUUCUGCUUAUUGUCGAAGUGAUAUUUCCGAAUUAACGCUACAUAAGUCAGAUCAAACCCCUAGCCAAGCUUAUGCAGAUCUUCUAUCUCCUUUCUUACCCUAA